CUCUGACGUCCAUCUCUCUCCGACAAGCACGACGCUACUUUUCUCAUCCUCUUCAUCGUCUCCUCCUCGUUGCUCUCGAAUCGACGUCUGCUUCUCCCCAGCGUCCAGCAGACCCUCAUCCUCGGCGUCACGAGCCCGGCCCUACAAGCCGGUUCGCCACCCGCAAUUUCGGCGAGCGCCGCUCCGCACCGCACCGCCCCUCACCCCGACCCCUCUCUUCCCAUCCCCUAGGACUGUAGACGAGCACCAUGGCCCCCGCUAUCCCCAUAAUCAUCGGCACGACCAUCGCCGUCGCCGCCACCGGCUAUGCAUUCAAGAAGUUCGUCUAUGACCCGCACCUCGCGCCGGUCAUCGAGGCGUUCAUUGAGCAACAGCGCGAAUUGCACAACCGACGCCACCGACGGGCCGUGCCCGUUCCUUCUCAACAAGAAGAGCGGGUGGAGGGUCGGAGCACGGCCGUAGCUAGCGGCCACGCAUACCGGCGCCGCCCGGCCGAGCAGUACGAGCUCGACGAGAGUAUGGUCGAGACCCACCGCGCGCCCGUGUCGUACACUCCGCGGCGGCGCAAGCCCGUCCCGCCUCUCGACGAGGACGCCCCAUUCCGGCACGAGCGCAACGCCACUCCUGAGCCUGCGCCCAUGUCGGGUGCAUCCUCCGCUGCACCCCCAGACGAGGCGGUACCCCUCAUCGUGAUGGACAAGGAUGUCCCGUACACCUCCCCGCCCGUUCCGGCCAUGGAGAACCCGUUUGCUGACAGCGAGUCUCCGAGCUCGGCAGCGCUCUCGCCCACCAUCUCGUCGGUACACUCUCUCCCGAGUGACUCGCCCGCACCAAGCCACUCGACGCUCAUAGAGGCGCCGUCGAGCCCCGACAUGUCGAGCGACAUCGACAUCGUCAGUGUCUCGGGCACGAACACGAGCUACAUCGAUGCGGAGAGCUACACUCCGGGUUCGCUGUCGCCGAACGCGACCGGCUCGGUUGCCUCGCGCGGUGCCUCUCGCCCUCUCUCGCCCGUCAUGGCAGGCAGCGAGCUCGCCUUCCCGUCGCCCGUGACCCCGGUCGCGGCGAGCAUGCUCGGCUCGGACCUGACGUUCCCGGCGCCCAACUCCACGCACCGCCAAUCAGCCCCGACAUCCACCCACUCUCCGCGCCCCGACGACGUCCUCUCCGUCUCGUCGUGGACCGAGGACGAGUGGCGCUCCGAGGCCGGCGCCGACUCGGAGUGGGACGCCGUCUCGGAGCCCCCAAGCCGCUAGAGUAGAGUUGUAGUCCUACAUGCCUGUACGGCCGUUGUACACUGUAGAUAUCGAUAUCUUGGCCACCGUCUCACCCGUCAUACUCGAGCACGUACUGGUAGUACUCGAAGCCUUCGGGAGGGCCUACUUGCUGUGUGUUGAACUUCC